AAUCAUCUUUCACGCUGUCUCUGAGUUUUGUCUAAUUUCACUCCGACAAUGGAAACUGAAUCAAUCAAACUCGAUGUUCAUGUAAAGGCUUUGUCUCAAGCUCGGUCGUUAGGGUUCUCAAGCACGGUAGUAAUCAGUGUAGUCAGAGAAGUCGAGGAAUUUCUCAUGAACGAGAAGGAUGAUAGUGUCACGAGUCUCGGAUCUUACCCGGAUUCUUCUCUCCACGACCCACUAAUCUUUCUGAAACUCCCUAGUUUCAAACCAAACUACGUCUAUCAACGUCUCCAUACCCAACUCCACGAUCAUGUCCUGUCCGAACAAAUCUCUUAUAAGAUUGUCGAAGCACAACAACGGCAAAGAAGUCAAAGUUUUUACUUUCCACAACAACAACAACCUUUAUUCAUGAUUGUCUCUGUCAAAUUGACACACAAGGUAUACAACGUUGUGUCUUGUAAUUCUGCUCCGUUGGCAACAGAUUUGGACCAACAGAGCCAAGAAGAAGAAGAAUCGAAGACUUGUGCCAUCUGUUUGGAGAAUUUGUCGAGAUCCGAGGAUUACUGCGAGAUGCCAACUUGUUCGCAUAGUUUUCAUGAACCAUGUCUCACUCAGUGGUUGACUCGAGAUAAUAACUCGUGCCCUCUCUGUCGCAAGCCUGUUGACAAACAACCAGAGUGAAACAGAGUCUAAAUUAGGGUUUCAAAUAUGUUUUAUUUGUUAACUUGUUUCGGAAGUCUAAUUAGGGGUUUUCACUUUUAUGUUUUGUCUAAGAGGCAAAUUAGGGUUUUUUCAUAGUUUAUGUAUCUGUUUUUGUUGGCAACAUGUAAUACAGUUUGAUUUAAUGAAAUUCAGAUUCUCUA